GACAAAUAUUUCAAACAGCUGAGGAAGCAUAUGUUAUAGUUGAGUCCUUUGCUCAUUCAAAUAGAUUCAGAAUUCGGAAGGGACGUGUUAAAAAGGAUUCAAGUAAUGGGCGUGAAAUUUCAAGGUCAUUCAUAUGUCGUCAUGCUGGAAAACC